AGUUGUCCAAUCUGAUGACUCGGGGGCGGGACAAUUACCUCCUAUACGAUUUGUCUAAAGUGUACAGUUCACAAUGUGUUGUCAACGCUGUGCUCGUUUUGAGUGUUUUCGCCGAGACUACACCUCUCUUGCUCUGGUCGUUUAGGUAUUUAUGUCGGUUCUAAAUCUAGCUGUGAGUUUGCUUUGGUUGUAGAAACAACUGAACUUCUUAGUUGAUAUUUGUCAUCUAAGUUAGCCGAUGCUAACCCGCUAGCCUGAAACAUGCCAAAUUUUUGCGCGGCACCGAAUUGUACACGGAAGAGCACACAGUCCGAUUUGGCUUUUUUUCGUUUUCCACGGGACCCGGAGAGAUGCAGAAUCUGGGUAGAGAACUGCCGCAGGGCAGAUCUGGAGGCAAAAACAUCAGACCAAUUAAAUAAGCACUACAGAUUAUGUGCCAAACACUUUGACCCUGCAAUGGUUUGCAAAACGAGCCCAUACAGGACUGUUCUGAAGGAUACAGCCAUUCCCACCAUAUUUGAUCUGACAAGCCACCUGAAAAAUCCUCAUACCAGACAUCGCAAGCGGAUUAAAGAACUUACUGAAGAGGAUAUACGGAAGAUUAAGGAAAGGAGAUUGGCAUCUUCUAUCGGACAGCUUCCUUCCAAGAAAGAAGCUGCAGCUGAGGAUAACGUAAGCAACAAUGAGGAUGAACCUCAACUCUCCACAGAAGAGAAGGAGUUUCGUGACUACCUCAGAUCUUUGUUUGAGGUUGUUGUAAUGUUAGGAAAACAGACUAUCCCAUUAGUGAUUGAUAGAGAAACUAAGGCUGGACACAAGAGAAACAACUUUCAUGCCCUUCUUGAUUAUCGGAUGAAUGCUGGGGAUGAAGCUUUGAGAAAGCGCUUCGAGUCCACAGCUGUCAACACAGAAUACCUCUCUGCAACCCAGCAAACCCAGCUCCUGGACGUCUGUGAGAACACAGUGAGAGAGGAGAUGCUAAUGGAGGUGAGAGAGAGUCGCUUUUUCUCCAUCGUCACCGGUGACCUUGUUGAAAUCACAGACGAGAAACACCUGCCUCUAUUUUUACGAUAUGUGAACCAGAACAAUGUCCUCCGAGAAGAGUUUUUGGACUUUGUCCCAUUUGAUGGAGAUGAGUCUGCACUGGUAGAGAGGCUGGAGGCACAGCUGACCGACCGUUGGGGGCUUAGCAUGGAGGACUGCCGUGGUCAGGCCCACAAAGCCACAGGCACUUCUACCACUAAGAUGAAAGCUGUGGCAGUCUUACUGAUGGAAAAGUAUCCCCUGGCAUUACACAUGCCUUGCUCUUCUACUGCACUCAAUAUCCACCUCGCCAACACUCUGCCUUUUCCUAAUGUCCAGAUAGUCAUGGAAACUCUGAGGAGGAUUGGUAAUUUCUUUAAGACUCCGUUCACUCAGGAUGAACUUGAGAAUGCUAUCUAUACUCACUACCAGAAAAAUGAAGAAAAGGCAGCAACACUAAGACAAGCCUGUGGUCCACGCUGGACAGAGCAGCACAAUGUCUUUGAUUUGUUGUUGGAUAUGAUGGCACCCCUUGUGCUAUGCAUGUUAAGCAUAACAGAAAAUACUGAUGGAAAGUUUGCUGAUUCUGUCACAGCAGAUGCAUAUUCAGUCACAGAAAUUCUGAUGGAUUUUGAGGUUGUUGUAACUGUUGUCAUCUUAAAGAAUGUCCUCACAUUUACUAGAGCCUUUGGCAGGAAUCUCCAAGGAGAGACCUUGGAUGUGUUUUGCGCUGCCAACAGCCUAACUGCUGUCCUGCAUUCACUAAAUGAGGUAAAUGAUAACAUUGAUGUGUACCAUGAAUUCUGGUAUGAGGAGGCUGUGAAUUUAGCCACUGUUUUGGACAUUCCUGUGAGGGUACCCAGGCUGUUUCUUCGGAAGCACCGAGCAGCUGAGGCAAGUGAAAUCCAAGCAGAGGCAUAUUACAAAGAGUAUGUGACUGUGCCUGUGAUCUGCAGCAUCAUGCAAGAAGUGGAGGACAUGUUCUCUGAAAACAACCUCAAAGCUCUGAAAUGCCUGUCACUGGUCCCUGCUAUCAUGGGCCAAAUGAAGUUCAACACCACUGAGGAGAACUACGCCGACGUUUACCGUAAUGACCUCCCCAACCCAGACACUCUACCUGCAGAACUUCACUGUUGGAGAAUCAAAUGGAAGCACAGAGGCAAAGAGGUGCGUUUGCCCACCACCAUCCAUGAAACGCUGCAGCUCCCAGACGUUAAGUUCUUUCCCAACGUGAACUCCUUCCUCAAGGUGCUCUCCACUUUGCCAGUGCUGAAGUAUGAGGACAGUAACACUGACACAGCAAGUGAGCGGCUGCGGGCUUAUCUGAACAGCAUGUCUCCCACACAGUGGAACAAAAGCCUCGCCAUGCUUAAUGUUAACACUCAUGUCAAGCACGACUUGGAUGUCAUGGUGGACAAAUACUGUAGACUGUACCCAGAGGAUGAUCCUGAAGCUGAAGGGGAAUCGGAGGAAGUGGCAGAGGAGGACGGUGGGGUGAAACAAUGACAUGGACACAUCAAAUUGAUGAGCUCUUUAAUGUGGCUUCAGCGUAUAUUUACUGGUAGCACACAUGUGUUUUCAGGUUAUUUACACCUUGAUUUUUGUAGUUAUUAAAUAUCAGAUGUAAAAAUGUGAUGCCAUUUCUAUUCAGUACUUGUAAAAACCAAUGGUGCUUUUAAAUUGUGCUAAUUUUGCAGGAAAAAAAAGCUACAUCUGAACUAAAGAAAACCAACAAAACAAAGUGCAAGCAAUGUUUAGAUUGUAUAUAUUUUUCUGUGACAUUUGUAAUGACAUUUAUACUUUUGUUGUAUGUUAUCUCUUUAUUAUUUUUUUAAGCUUAGUGUUUGCUUUUAAUUCAAGCCUCAUGAUGGAUUGUUAGUCUGCAGUGAUCACUUUUUAGUGACUAUAAGGCAGGCAGAGCACAAGAGGGAGCAGUUACACCAGGAUUAGCUGUAUCUAUGAAAUGAUGGUCUGAUUUCAUACAUCUUUAGCUCAUAGCCGAUUAAUUUUGACCUAUUUUGACAAAUUAAGAGGUUAGUAUGUUGGAUGUUUGCAGCAGUGUAGUUUUAAGAUGUAAUAAAGUUGCUUGUUUCACUGU